AAGCAGCACAACAUUGUACUUUAAGUGACCUUGUACCUUGUGUGAUGUUUACAUUGAUUCUUAUGUUCACUCUUUGCUCCCCCUCAUCCACAUCCUCCCCCCCAUCCCUCUCCCCUCUCACUCCACUUGCUGCUGAGCAAUUGUUCCAGAAAUCGUUCUUUCAUUUCCAUCACCUGCAGGAAGCCCGCAGAGCCCAAAAUAACCCCAAUUCUCCUCCAGGCUUUUCUUUAUCGCCCCCUUUUUUCCUGUGCCUUUUUCCCUUGAGUCACUUUUGCCAUCAGCAUGUUUAUUCCUGAAACGUCCUUCACUCACACCCCACCCCCCCUUCCGUACAGUGUUUUGAAAACAACCACUUAAUCUUCCCCCGUUCCUCUAAGAUAAUCUUUUUUAAUAAAAUUAUAGCAUUCAGGAUUGGUUCAUGGCUUUAUUAAUCCACCUUAAAAAUGGUCACAAAAAUAACAAAUGAUGGGCUUUUAAAGACUGGCCCUUAGCCACAUUCUAACAUCUCUCUAGGAAAUCAUCCUAUAAUUCUUAAUCUUUUAAUAAUACAGUAAAUCCUCAGGGAGUCAGUGUCACGUUUAAUGUUUUCCAGUUUCCACACUCUGUUUCUCCCAGCCUCUCUCCUUCUCUCUAAAUCACAACUUCCCCUCUGGAGUCUAUUGUGUACUUUUCCUGUAACUACCAGCUGGGCAGCUUGUGUUGUCAGAGUAACGCACUGAGUCAUCGCUGGCGCGCGUGCACAUGAGCGCAUUAGCAGUCGAAUGUUCAAACAGUCUUAUGAUUUCCCAUGAUUAAGAGCUAAUUACACCAGGUGUUGUUAUAUGAUCAGCUUCCUCUUAAAAUGUUGAAACCAGUAUGAUGACUAAUGAAUAAUUACGUGACAAAAAACUGUUCCUGUACACCUGCUGUUGUCUGGCUUGGAGCAAAUUGAUCAUUUUUGACAAAAACAUAAGCAGGGAAACAUUUUAAACCCAAGUAAACACUUUAUACAGUAGAAAACAAAGUUUGACACUAAGACUGUCCUAUAAGUUCUCCGGUCAGUAGCUUAUAGUAGCAGUACUCACUCAGUGAUGUGCAUUUCUACGUCCUCAUUCAGAAAACAUUAAAGUCAGUGCAGCACCAUUUAGGGAGAAGCAGGAUCUAUUUUGUUUCACUGCAAUGCAAUUUUGGAGUCAUUAUGAAUCCAUAUGGGGAAUAACAGAAAUUACCACAUCUAUUAUUUAAUCAAAGAUAUAUAUUUCUUCAAAUUACAUCUACAGCUUCUUCCUCAUUGGAAAGUCCUGAAUUAAUGAAUAUGCAAACUUGGCAACAUUUUACUUUUAAGUUGGGUGCUGUUUAGCACUUGUUAGCAGCACAUAAACAGUAUAAUGCACUUAUAAGUGGAUAAACAGAUAUUAUAAAGAAUAAUAAACCAUUGAUUAAAAGUUUAUAUAAUGCUUAUACGGUUAAUGCUUUAAGAGGGCUGGUUAAAGUAAAGUGUUUCUCAAACUACUGCACACAGCCUUCUAGUCAAACUCUGAACGGUGAAGCUCAAACACUAAAGUGAAGUAACAAUUUGUUUUGCAAAUAUUUUUGAGUGCAACUUUAAGAAGAUAAUUAUAAAAUUACUGUAAUUAUUACUUAUUAUUCAAAAUUAAUAAUAAUAAUCAAUAAUCAAUGUGUGUAUAGACAUGAGUAAAAAACUCUAAAUGCACAUGUAGUUAAAAAGAAAGAAAAAGGAAAAUAUUGUAUUAAUAACUGAGUCAUGUUACGGAAUAUUGGGAAAAUGUAGGUCACACAAACAAAAACAUAAAGAUCCAUACUCUCACAGCUUCCCAUUUAAGUGGACUGACCCUUGAGAGUUCACAGAAAGUUUAGUUCACAGAAGUCAAUAUAGUUUAUGUUUUAUACAGUAUUUUGUGUCCCAGGUGUUAUGACAGUUAGUGAUGAUGUUAGUCUGUGUCAGCAUGAUUAUAGGGAUAGUCCUGGAUUGCAUACGUCAAUGAAAUGGCUAUUGUUUUCCACUGUUUUUAAAGGUCACUGUGGUUCAUCAGCCCCUUGCAGCUCUGACCUGUUGAGAUCCAAUAUCUCGAGCCUCUAAUCCAUCUUGAAGGAAUAUGUACUCACAUCCAGGAGAGCACUUUGUCAGGACUCCUCUGACUUUUCUCCUGCUAUUGCUGACGUAGUGUGCAUCCUGUUGUUGUAAGCCUGCAGCUACCAACCAGCCACUUCAGCCUCUCUGCCCUGUUUCCUCUACCCACUGGGCACAAGAGUGAGCAUCCUGCCAGGAAAGCUUGUCUUUCACUCAUAUAUCAUCUUCUCACAGUUUUUGUCUCUCAGGUCACUCAAGACUUUUUGAUACAAGUGUGUCAACGUCUUAUUCAGUUUCCCAGUACACAACUGAAAGCAGGUUAGCUAAGUUGAAAACAAAAACAGCUUAUUUACUGGAAUAAAAUUUGAAUUCAAGCAAUGUGUGUGCCACCCCUUGGGAAAGACUAAUUUUGGUUGCAGCUGCUCUCGUAGUUUAUGAUAAAAUUUACUCUCAACAAAGACAGUUAAUGCACACUUACACACAUGCUGUAUUGUGCGAGAGAUAAAUAACCUCCUCUGAGCAAAAUGACUCAACCAUGAAAAUAGCUCCAUCUUGUGGGAGUAGACACAAACAAGGGUCAAUCCACUUAAAUGGGAAGUUGUGAGAGUAUGGCUCUUUAUGUUUUUGGUAGAGUAUGUAUUUGUGUGACAUAUAUUUUUUUCCCAUGAGUCCCCAAGAUAGUAUGGGUAUUUCAUAUUAUAAUAAAUAUCCAGAGUCAGUAGCAUGACGCAGCUUGUGUCUACUCCCACAGAAUAAAGAGUGCACCAAAAAAAAAUGUAAUUAACUGUGUGUUCUCAUUCAUAAAUGAUUAUGCAAAAUUAAAAUACAGAUGUUUUAAGAUGGAAAUUAGCUGAAAAAUGCUGAUGUCAUCUUAGGUGGCUCUGUAAACACAUUUCUCAGCAGUGUUUUCAAGUUCAGUUUAGCCAUCAGUAGCUUCAGCAAGAUUAAGCAAGCAUGAUAAAAACAAAAUCUUAGUGGUUAUUUCAGUCUUUCCUGAGUUAUUAACAGAUUUGAGUAAAAUAGUGUGUUAAUGCUGGACAGAGAAAGAGAGAGAGAGAGAGACGUGCAACACGUCAAGUCUGGAAAACCUAUAAAAGGUUAGAGGGUCAUCACUGAGAGAUACAAGCUUAGAGUCCAUUAGUGGAUUAUAACCAUAACCACUCCAUGGCUACUGCAUCUCUCUUGGAUUAACGAGAGAGAGAGAGAGAGAGCGAGAGAGAGAAAGAGAGAGAGAGAUAGUCUGAGUGUAUGACGGCGACUGGAAAGCAAAGCAUAGUGAGCAAAUUUUAAGGCAGAACACAGCACUGUGUGUAUACAGGGACUGAGAAACACCGGGGGAACACGCUGAGGUGAAGUUUGGGACUUAAGGUGAUUUUUGCACACCUACACUACAUCAUCUGGCUGUUAAAGUGAACUGCCCAAGGUGAGUUUGGACAAAUACAUGUUGUGAAAGUGAGCUCUUGUUGUACUUGUGCCCUUUUCUUUUACAUUAACAAUAAAACUGAUUAUAUUGAUUGUUGAUUAUUGAUAUUCCUGUAUGGAUAAUUGUCAUAUAAAAGCUAAAGAUUCAGCUUUCAUUAACUGAGGAUUUCAGUUAAUGAAAGCUGGCUGUCAUGAUAUAUAAUGGUUUGAUGACUAUUUUACUGAGUGGAUGAAUCUUUUCUGCUCUUUAAUUUCACAUUUACUUGGCCUUGUUUCCAGCUCACAAGCAAAUUACGGACAACAUAUAUAUGCAGAUGAUGUGUUUUUGUACCUAUGUGUCUAAUCAAGCAUAAUCUCUGUCACCACCAUUCUCAUCACUGUUGUUGUGUAACUUUAAUUUUGUUAUUGCCUGAAUGAUUAUUCCUCUCCCUGUAUGCGCAUGUAUGUGGUAUGUGUUUGUGUGCGCAGGAAGCAUGGACGUGGAUGUGGAGGGGAUUAUCCAGUGCAUCAAGCAGGGGGAUGAGAACGGUGUUCAGAUACAGCUGCAGGAGUUCAACAAAGAGUAUGCCCAGUGCUUCUUCUUUGAUGCAGAGGAGAGGGAACGACAGAAACAAAGAAAACAAGAAGAGUUCAGGAAGAAUAAAGUGAGGGAAUAUGCUGAUUCUGACUCUGACUCUGAGUACGACCAGGAGGAUCGAGGCCUCAUCCUCAGACAGGUAACUGACACUGUCAAUCUCUGCUUACCCAGAGGUGUUGUCAGUUGUUCCUUUGAAAACUGUUGUUUAACUAAAUGUCUGCUUCUCUGUUCCUGCACUCAGAAUUUAGCUGUUGUCCUUGUGAGAUUUAUAAGAACAGCAGUUAAAAGUCGUCUGUUAAGAGUAUCUCUGCGAACCCUGAGGAUCCUGUCCAGGGACAAAAAGGUCCUGGGCCCCUUGGUGACAGACAGCGCUCUGCUGACUCUGGCCAAGCUGGCCGGGCUGACCACAAGCGAUGCAAGUGAUGAAGUCAGCAACCCUGACUCUGAAUUCUAUGACAACAUCAUCGCCUCUCUCGCUGAGGCCAAAGUUUUACAGUGCCGCACUGAUGAGGAUGCUGACCCCGAAGCCAACGACGAGUGCUCUGCCUUCAACGAGGACGCCAAGAGCGACAUCAGCAUCGCCAACAGCGACGUGGACAGCAUCAGCUGGUUCGGGAGCCACAGGACCAGCAUCAACGAAAUGUACAAGGGCAGCAUCCAUCACAAGGUGCUGGAGCGAGGGAGGAAGGACCGCAGAGAGAGCAAGAUGGAGGGCGAGGAAGAGGAGGAGGACGGGGAGUCAGGAGAGGAGGCACAGAGAAAAGAGGCCAUGAAGGUGUUGUGUAAUGUGGUGUACAACAGCACCUGGGCACAGGAGAGGUUCAGCACUCUCAGGCUCAUGUGUGGUCUCACAGAGCGUCUCUCCUCCAGUGUCAGUUGCUCAUCUCCCUCCAGUGUUCAGUUCUAUGAACUGCGCCUCAUGUUCCUCAUUACAGCUCUACGUCCAGAGCUCAGCACUCAGCUCAAACACGAGGGUGGGGUGUCCAUCCUCACAGCAGCCUUGGAGAGCUGCCUGGAGGUUCAGUGGAAGGACCAGUAUGAGUGUGUGCUGGACUCAGCAGCACCACCAAUCUCUUUGGAAGCUUCUCAGCGAAUCAUAGAGAUCCUGAAAAUCCUCUUUAACCUCACCUACAGCACCCACAGGCAGGAGCCUAGUGAGGAUGAUGCAGCUCUUUACCGACACCUGGUGGCUAUCCUGCGCCUCUGCCUGAGGAGGAAGUGCAUGCUGUCGGACGAUACUGAUGAACUGCAGGGUCACACAGUCAACCUGUUGACAGCACUGCCCCUCCAGUGUCUUGAUGUGAUGCUGAUGGUGCCUCUGGAACCCAACUCGGAGCAGUGCCAGGGGGUCAACAUGGACUGCGUGUACACCCUGCUGAUGUUCAUGGAGAGACGUCUGGAGUCUGGUGAGGACAGGGUCAAAGAGAAGCUGACACCAAUCCUCAACCUGCUGACAGAGAGCUGCAGGGCCCACAGAGAAACACGCCACUACAUCAGGAACCAUAUCCUACCUCCUCUGAGAGAUGUGUCACACAGGCCGGAGGAAGGCUCCACAGUGAAGAGUCGUCUGAUCCGUCUCAUGACUCAUUUGGAUACAGACCUCAAACACUGUGCUGCUGACCUCAUCUUUGUCCUCUGCAAGGAAAAUGUGAGGCGUUUUGUCAAGUACACAGGUUACGGUAAUGCAGCAGGCCUGCUGGCCACCAGGGGUCUGCUGGGUGGCCAGGGGCCCAGGGCUCCCGCCUCUAAUGCCCAGUACUCCAGCGACUCCGACUCCGACACCGAGGAGUACCGGCAGGUCAAAGAUCGCAUCAACCCGGUGACGGGGCGGGUGGAGGCGGAGCAGUCGGAUCCUAUGGAGGGCAUGACAGAGGAGGAGAAGGAGGAGGAGGCCAAGAGGCUCAUCAUGCUCUUUAAUAAGCUGUCCAGGGACAGUAUUAUCCAGCCAAUGGGAGUGGAUUCAGAGGGGAAGCUGAUCCCAGUGUCGGGACUGAGGGAGAAUUCUCUGACUGAGGAGGGAGGUUCUGAGUCAGAGAACGACAGAGAAGCAGAGGAAGGAGAGAAGAACUGAAACAUGUCAAAUCCAUUCAUUCGAUCGAUUAAUUUAUUUUUGUAAAUAUUAAGUUUCUUAAGUUUGACAUUGUAAGAAUAUUUCAACAUGAAAUCAAAAGAACAGAAUUCCCAUUCACACCCAGCCAGCCAUUAUGGAAGUAAAUAAACUCAAGAAAGGAUAUAAAA